AUGUAUUUCUACUUAGCUACAAUUGUUGCAAUUAUUGCUUACGUCUUAUACAAGUUUUAUAUUUAUCAUUUAUAUUUGUCGCCAUUGCGUAAAAUUCCUGGUCCACCCGUUGAUAAUAUUAUUCUUGGAAAUCAUGCUUCUCCUCCUUUUUUAAAUAAACAGCUAGGUGAAGCUUUUGUUCACUUAGUAAAACAAUAUGGUGGGAUUGUUAGGUUUCAUGGCUUAUUAAAUGAACCGAAUCUAUUAAUUUCCGAUCAAAAGCUUAUUCAACAAGUACUGUCAUCUUAUGAUUAUCCAAAGUUUCAAUUAAGCAAAACUAUUGUUAAGGAAAUUUUUGGAGAAGGUCUUGUAAUUGCUGAAGGAAAUUCUCAUAAACGACAAAGAAAAGUGAUGACCCCUUCAUUUGCUUUUGCCAAUGUUAAGGAAAUGGCACCAACAUUCGUUCAAGCUGGCCAUAAGUUAAAAGAUAUCUGGAUAAAACAAAUUGGUAAUAAGGUAGAAGAAAGAAUUACAGUUACAGAAUUAAUUCCAAAGAUAACUUUAGAUAUUAUUGGUCUCGUUGGAUCUGAAUUAGCUCAAGCGUAUACAUCAAUAAUUGGUCAAAAUUAUACACCUUUAUACCUUUCUCUUCUUAGGUUCUUUCCGUUUAUCAGAAAUUUGCCAACCUCUUAUAAUAAACAAUAUUUUAAAUCUAUUAAAAUUAUCUCUAAUAUUUCCGAGAAAAUAGUUGCUGAACAAAAAAAUAGCCUUGUUCAAGGAACAGAUUUAUUGUCCUUAAUAACAAAGGCAAAUGAUAGCUUGCCAGUUAAUGAUCAAUUAACCCAUAAAGAGUUAAUUAGUCAGGAUCGACUUCGUAAAGAAGUGUCUGAUGUAUUAACUGAUCGUAAUUAUUCUCCGACUGUUGAUGAGAUCGAACAUUUGAAAUACUUAGAAUGUGUCUUUAAAGAAGCUAUAAGGCUUAUUCCACCUGGUAUAGAUACUCCAUUAUGGAUUCCUGUCUACGCAAUUCAUCAUGAUCCCUUAAUUUGGGGAGAUGAUGCUGAAGAUUUUAACCCAUCUCGGUGGCUUGAUCCGGAAGUGAAAUCCAAAAUAACACAUACUAAUUUCUUACCAUUUGGUGCUGGUCCAAAAAGUUGUUUAGGUAUGAAAAUGGCUUAUUUGGAAUUUAAAUGUCUUUUAGCUGUGAUUAUUAGAAAUUUUGAGUUUAGAUUGGUUGAAGGUUUUAUCUUUAAAACUAAAAUUGGUGGUGGUUUAUCUAGACCUCUUCCUGGUAUUGAUUUAUGGGUUUCAAAU